ACCUUAUAUAUCAAACGGGAUUGUUUUGUUUUUAUGUUUUAAGCGAUUCGCAAAGAAUCAUCAUGGCGGCAAAAGUUUGUGUUUUGAACAUGCUGUUUGAGAGUUAUUGAUUUUUCGUCUUCCAAAUCGUGACAUUCAACUGACAAUGCAAUAGGUACCUCUUGCAAACACUAUCCACCAUGGUGGAUCUACUGGAGGACUUUCUGUGUGGGAGAUACAGGAAAUGUGUCCAGUACCUGGCGGGGUGUGAAGAUGGCAAGUUCCAGCCAUCACAAGUACAAGUACAGUCCAACAAGGCUGUCUGCCAGCUUCUCAUGACUCUGUCCAGUUCCCCAGCGGAUGUUGACAAGACUCUGAGGACUUCUCUCAACAAGCUGGAAAAUUAUCUUACCCAAAUACAGAGUUUCCCGCCCGAGAUGGUAACCAUGGAGACAGAGAUGACGAUCGUGUACAACAGUGUCUACCUGACUCUGCUGCUUCACUCUCGCUGCAGCGGCAGUGACGACCAGACGGUGUUGUCCCAGUGUGGGGCUGCAUACAGCAACAGUCUGGCCAGAGUGUUGGCAGCAGUAAAGCACUUCCCAUGUCCCAGUACACCUGCUGAUUCCCCGGACCAAGCCGUCAUGUCAUGUAACGUCAUGUCAUGUCAUGUUUCAGUGUUGGCAGCAGUAAAGCACUUCCCAUGCCCCAGUACACCUGCUCAUUCCCCGGACCAAGCCGUCAUGUCACAAUUACAUCAUCUUCUCCAGUACUCCCAGAUUCUACAAGUGUAUGGGGUCACAUCCCCCCUCUGUGCUGCUGGUUGUGCGUGGUCCUGUCUGUUGAUGCUUGCCCAGAAGGAGAAAGAAGCUGUGACGUGCCUGGAGUCUCUCACACAGAUGUUGGCCCAGACAGGAGAUGCAUCACAGAUGACAGUGAGUUCUGUUGGACUGCGACUCUGUGUGUCGGUGCACGGAGACGGGGUACAGCAGCGAGCCAGGAACAUGGAGACCCUGUCUGCCCCGGACCUCGUGGGGCUCCUGAAGGGGCUGUGUCACUACAAGCUGGCCCAGUGGGGGCCGAGUAGGGAGUGCCUGACAAGGCUACAUAGUGACAGCCUACUGCCUAGUGUGACAUACAUCAUAGGCCUGUGUUACCUGAAGGAGGGUAAGGCUGAUGACUGCAUCUCUGUCCUGGACUCCGCCAGACACCGGACCUCCUCAAGUCCUGCAUCCAGGGCCAGGACACUCCACCUGAUGGGCCAGUGCUAUGCUCACAAGGGUCUGCAUCAUUGUGCAGUUCUGAUGUUCCGAGAGUCCUUACAGGAGGAUUUCAACUUUCCCUUAGCUCUGUUCCACAUCUCAGAGCAGUACAGGCAGCUAGGCCUGGAGGAUGCUGAACUAGAGUCGCUGAACCUCCUCACUACAAUCCUGGAGGACAGUUCAGUGAAGGAUCUUACACCACGUCCAGUGUCCCUGUCAUCCUUGUGGACAUCGGACCUCUUCCAACAUGUGUGUCCUGCUCCCACCAUCUCCCUCCACCAGUCCCUCUACACCCUGGCACACAGGUGUCUGCAGCUACACAGGUAUGAAGACGGUUCCCAGAGGUACCUGGACUUGUUGGCUGCUCUGUCUGAAGCUUCCCACCUGACACAGAUAGACGAUGUUUCUACCCGUGUGGUAGAUCUACCACAUAUCAGAACAAUCUACAAGGAAACUGUAGAAUGCCUCCUCCAUGCUGGCCACUAUGAAGACUGUGUCAUUGUCUGUGACAAGGCCCUAGAGUCUAUCCGUCUGACCCUCAACCCGUCUGCUACCUCAUUUGGAGCAGACAAUAUCAGCAGUCUCCUUGGUCCAGACGACAGUGAAGAUCUCUCACAAACCAUUAGCACCAACUCCAGAAAGAGGCCAAGAUCUUCCUCCUGUGACCUCUCUCUGGCCAAUCAGAAUGAAGAUGACUGGCAAGAUGUUCAACAUCAUAUGACCUUGACAUUGUGUAAAGCAGACGCUUUGAUUGCCUUGAAUGACCACGACAAUGCAUCAGAUUCAUUACACAGGGCCAUUGAAGCACUUCUGGAAUGCAGUGGACGAUGGUCGGAGGUUUCGGAAGCUGAUAUCCCGACGACCUCCGAACCUGUCCCCAAACGCCGGAGAACGGUAAAUGAUGAGGAGGUUUUAAUUAAAACAGAAACCAGUUCCUGCCCUGGGUGGAAAUCCCUCCUGGUUCAGGCAUGUUGCAAAUUCUCCAGCCUCCUGACUGACCAGGGGAAGACAUCAGAUGCCCUUCACUACUCCAGGAUAGCCGUACAGACUCUCCCAGGAGACACAAGGGCAUGGUACACCUGCUGCACAGCUCUCCACCAGUCAGGGAGGGAGGAGGAAUCCUGCCGGGCGUGGCUGCAUCACAGGGAGGUGGGGCAACUCUCUGACGACAGCCACCUGCAGAGGGAGCUUGACAAGAAACAAUCACAACUCAGGAAGCUAUUAACAGAGAAUGAGGAUACAGCACUUGAAAGUGGAGACCUUGGCUCUCGAGCAGCACUUGAGAUGGAUGUAAAGUCUAUACAGCAUAUGCUUCAUCAAGAGCAUCACGACAGACUCCAUGUUUGAGGAUGUAGAUGUAGCCCUGUACCAGGUCUGCUGUACGAGAUGGAUGUAAAGUCUAUACAGCAUAUGCUUCCACAAGAACAUCCACGACAGACUCUGUGUUUGAGGAUGUAGAUGUAGCCCUGUACCAGGUCUGCUGUACGAGAUGGAUGUAAAGUCUAUACAGCAUAUGCUUCCACAAGAACAUCCACGACAGACUCUGUGUUUGAGGAUGUAGAUGUAGCCCUGUACCAGGUCUGCUGUACGAGAUGGAUGUAAAGUCUAUACAGCAUAUGCUUCCACAAGAACAUCCACGACAGACUCUGUGUUUGAGGAUGUAGAUGUAGCCCUGUACCAGGUCUGCUGUACGAGAUGGAUGUAAAGUCUAUACAGCAUAUGCUUCCACAAGAACAUCCACGACAGACUCUGUGUUUGAGGAUGUAGAUGUAGCCCUGUACCAGGUCUGCUGUACGAGAUGGAUGUAAAGUCUAUACAGCAUAUGCUUCCACAAGAACAUCCACGACAGACUCUGUGUUUGAGGAUGUAGAUGUAGCCCUGUACCAGGUCUGCUGUACGAGAUGGAUGUAAAGUCUAUACAGCAUAUGCUUCCACAAGAACAUCCACGACAGACUCUGUGUUUGAGGAUGUAGAUGUAGCCCUGUACCAGGUCUGCUGUACGAGAUGGAUGUAAAGUCUAUACAGCAUAUGCUUCCACAAGAACAUCCACGACAGACUCUGUGUUUGAGGAUGUAGAUGUAGCCCUGUACCAGGUCUGCUGUACAAGACCACCACCGUGUCUUGUUGACAGAACAUCUGCCCAGAGCUUCCAUCUCAGGCCCUGUCACUCCAACAGAUAGCUGUUACGCCUGGUGCUGGGCAUUAAGAGGAUAAACCAAGGACUGGUCGGGUUGGAGUCCCAACUGGAGUAUCCAUGUUACACUGUGCCAUGGUAUCUCCUAGUACAAGUAGACACGGACGGAUGCAUGCACACACGCGCUAGGUGCUCGGCAUUAAGUGGAUAAACCAUGGAUUGGUCAGCUCAGAGCCCUAAGUGAGGUAACCAUGUUAAACUGUGCCAUGGUAUCUCUGUGGGCUAGCACUAUAAAACUGUAAUUAAUCCAGACUAGUACAAGCAGACACGGACGGAUGCAUGUACGCACACACGCGCUAGGUGCCUCAGCAUUAAGUGGAUAAACCAAGGACUGGUAGGCUCGGAGUCCCAACUGGGGUAUCCAUGUUAAACUGUGCCAUGGUAUCUCUGUGGGCUAGCACUAUAAAACUGCAAUUAAUCCAGACUAGUACAAGCAGACACGGACAGAUACACACAUGCAUGCAUGCAUGAACGUGCAUACAUAGGUAAGUGCAAUAAUGUUAAAAGUGACGUUAAACCUCACUUCACUUCCCCUGCUGUACCACAUGGUACAAAAUGUACCGGAUGUUGUGUAUCACCGGUGACCUCACACCUUGUGACCAUGAUGAGAAUCAAACUGGCAUCUUCAUCUUGAGAAGGAAAUGCUCUCGAACCCCCGGUACCCAGAUCCACGAGGAGCAUGUCCUAAUGUUGCAUCCUCAGAAUGAACUCAGUCCCAAGAAGACACAAGUGUUUGAACUGUUAUGAAUGUUUAAACCAAUAAAUGACAGAUCCGUGAUAAUAAACAAAAUUCACUGAUGUAAGGUGCACCAGCUUUAGAGAAACAUUUUCUAUGUCUGUACUGUGAAAGUACCCGUGUGUUAAGUUUGUAAUUGUUAUUUUUGUUGACAAUAAACUUUGUUGUUUA